AUGCCGCGGCAAAUAGUGCCGCCGGCAGCGCGCCGGCCUUUAGGCGGCUUACUCUUGGCGCUGUUGGCGGCUGUGGCCGCGUACACGUACAUCGUGAAGUACAGAGAGACCGCGAGCGGCAGCACAGUUUGUCAUCCGAACCUCGCACGCCUGCGUGCCAACGACGGCCGCGAGGCGGAUGCUGAAUGA